CCACUCCACUCCACUGCAAUCCAGGACAAAAAAAAAAAAUGCAGGCAGUCAGACGGAGGCCGAUCGCAGCAUGGAUUGCAGCCACUUUAUACCGCUCAGCAAGCACGCUUAGCACAAGCACUCCUAUUUGCAGUCCUCCGAGCAAUACUAGUCGGAGUGGUAGCAGCAGUAGCAGUGGUAGCACUAGUCCCAGCAAUGAGCCGCGAGCGCAAAUCAGGCACAAGCCAAGCACCCCGCUGCCGGACGGCCCGCGACCGCUGCGUAUUGCGUGCUCGCAUCUCCACUCGAAUGUCAAUCUGUCACAGAUCGUGAGGGCGGCCAGCUGCUCGGGCGUCACGCAAAUCCUCGCGUGCGGCGUCGGAAAUAAAUUGAAGGCAGAAAUAGCGAGGGAAGGAGCCGAUCAUGUCCGUCUCGAGGUGCGAAAUUCGCUCAACAGCUCGUUGCAAGCGUGGCGUGCUGAAGGAUUUCGAAUCGUGGCAUUGGAGCAAGCAGUCUCUUCAAAGUCGAUCUAUGAUUAUCGGUUUGAUCGGAACACUGUGUUGGUUAUUGGAAACGAAAAGUCCGGCUUGACGCAAGACAUUCUCAACCUGGCUGAUGAUAUUCUGGAGAUUCCAAUCUACGGCAUGCCUUACAGCCACAACGUUAGCGCUGCAACGGCGAUCGCAAUCUAUGAGUAUUGCAAGCAGUACCCCCGCGGGUGAUUCUGCUGUUUGAUCCGCUCUUGAGCUGGGCGUUCUGCUUGCACCAGUGCGUCUAUGCUUUAGUUGAUGCGAAGGUUCAAGUCAAGCUCGGUGAAGGUUCCGAAACGACUUGCGCAGCUGCCACUGUCCGGGCAAUCUGAUUCAACUCCAGUGGUGUGCAUGCAGGGAGCCUGGCGCAUCAGUGUACUUUGGCAUUAUCUCUUUUAUUUCGCAGCAGGAUGCGCUUUCAAGGCUGAAUUUGCUGUUGGGACUGUCCUUCGAGCGCGCACGACGUUGAAGGCACACUUGUCGCAGUGAUCCUCGCGCUUGUCUGGCUGCUGAAUGCAUCGUGUUUGGUUGAAAUGACUGCCGUGUGUUUGUAGUACUCAUAUUGAGACGGAG